CCUGUUAGCCAAUAAGCUUUGCCGAUAUCCCGCCCCGCAGACGCAUUCCAAGCAUGGCUCACUGGGGCCGAUCCGCCGAUCAGUCCAGCUGCGAACUCCGGGAACAGAGGGUAUCCUGUGGUGUUAUCCUUCAACAACUUCUUCGAGUCACAAAACGAUACCUCAUCGGGAAUUUGUCUAUUACCUUAUAAUCGUAAAAUAGGUUGUGAAAUCGGAUUUGAAUUUGGCAAUUGUGCGAUAUUCUUAGUAGUUUUGAAAAAAGGAACUGAUAGUGGAGCCGGUCAUCCGGACUUAUCAAAUUGUGAAGUGGAAGUGGUCCUUUUAAAGAACUGGUCAUUGAAAGGAACAAAUAUGACGCUUAAGUUAAGUUAAACCAACAGUAGACUUCUUUCUUUUUUUGCUUCUUCCAAAGGUCCAAAUUGCCUUUAGAAUGGAAUCCAUCAGGCGGCAAUCGUCAGUACAACAUUGUUAGGUCAAAGGAUAAGUCUUAUCGUAAGAUAGUGCUUAGUUUUUGUGAAAGGACAGGUUUUUCUCGUAAUACUAUUGAUGAACUGGUUGACAACAUAAAUGUAUUUUGAUGUGAAGCAAGAAGACAACGGCAGAAUGAUAAAUGCAUUUAUGGACUCGAGUCAUCAUCAUUUGGCCACCUAUGGAUUGAAGAUGAGCCCAAGUCAUCAUGCUGGUGGAGGCGCAACAAUCCCAUCGCCUCACCAUCAGAAUCCGGCGGCUGCAAUGACGGCUCCUGACGUGGGUCCCGCGGGCCAAAAUCAUCACUUUCAACCCAACUACUCGCAUAUGGGUCACCUAAAUCCCCAUGCUGGUUACGCCGCACGAGAUUUCCUUCUGCGCCGGGACCAUCACGAUUUUCCGACGGCUCAAACUGCUCCUGCGGAUCCGGUACUUUUUCACCAUCCCCAUGCGGACAUGACGCCCCAUCAGCAUCACCAUCUCGGGCCACACCAUCAAAUGUUAUAUUCGCGAACGGCGGAUCCUCAUCACGCAUAUGCACAACCAAACCAUCACCAUCAGUACCUUAAUCAUCACAUGGGAAUGCCGCAUCAUCCGUCGAAUGUACACGGCGCCUUCUUUAGAUACAUGCGACAGCCCAUCAAACAAGAGAUGCAAUGUCUCUGGGUGGAUCCUGAUCAACCGCCGCCGAGAAAGACAUGCGGUAAACAUUUCACGAGCAUGCAUGAGAUUGUCACGCAUCUGACGGUCGAACACGUGGGUGGACCAGAGUGCACGACACACGCGUGCUUUUGGCAAAAUUGUUCGAGGAAUGGAAGACCGUUCAAAGCAAAGUACAAGCUAGUUAACCACAUUAGGGUGCAUACAGGAGAAAAGCCUUUCCCGUGCCCUUUUCCCGGUUGUGGGAAGGUCUUUGCGAGGAGCGAGAACCUCAAAAUCCACAAAAGGACGCAUACUGGUGAGAAGCCGUUCAAGUGCGAAUACGAGGGUUGCGACCGACGUUUCGCCAACUCCUCAGACCGGAAGAAGCACUCGCACGUUCACACGUCCGACAAACCAUACAACUGUCGCGUGUCCGGCUGCGACAAGUCGUACACGCAUCCUUCGUCCCUCAGGAAACACAUGAAGGUGCAUGGCUGCUCGGGUCGAUCGCCGCCCCACUACGACAGCGACGGCGAGGAAUCCAACUCGUCAUCUGCGGGAAGCAUCUCCGUCGCGGCUAGUCCCCAAAUAUCCCAGGUGACCGUAAGCGGUUCGCUGAGUGACUGGUACGUAUGCCAGUCGACGCCCACGCCGCCCGAUCCCCUGGGCGGCCUGGGACACUUUGGACACGUGCACGGCGGCGCUGCAACCGCGUAUUGAUAUUGAAUGUUCUCGUUUUAUGUGUAACUUAAUUUAAUUGUGUAGUUUAAUGACGACGAAUGAAAAAUGCGAACAACGUUUACCACGUGCAAUUUGCGCUGUUGCAGUGCUAUUUUUAUUUUAUUGUUUUUCCAAUGUGACGCACACCAAAUCAAUUUCUUGAAAGACCAACGAUAAUAAAACGCACCCCAAAUAACAAAUUGUAUGCUUUCUUCGAAAGAAUAUAUUUUUUUUAUCAGAAAAAGUAAUAUUAUGAUAAAAAUGCUUUGUAUUAUUUAUAUUACAGUUUGCGCUAUUCAUUUACCUAACUAUAAUCUUCAUCAGUUUCUGAACACCAAAAAAGUUAGUGAAACGCUUAAUGCAGUUUUUAAUUGCGUUAUGGACUUUUAACUGAUGAUUGUCGGUAUACUGCAAAGUUACAUUUUAGAAGAACUAAUUUCAUUAGAUUUUUCAUAAUACGGCAUUAAAAAGAACAUGAUUUUUGGUUGAUGCACUUCUUUAAACAUUUCUUGAUAUUUUAAAAAACAAUUUUAAAAGAAAAGAAAAUAAUAAAGUAGUUAAAAAAAGAGAAUAGUACGAUGCACCCGUCGACUGUUCCGUGCGGGUCUGAAAAGGUAAAAGUUCACCAUCUAGAUCAUCCUCCUCGAGAGACGUGAAGGAUGACGAUGAAGGAUGUUAGAGACCGAGAGCGAGAAGAGCGCGUCCGUGCACACGUCACGGUCCUUGCACGAGCGUGCAUUAUUUAUGACAAAUAAGUUAUGGUUGUUGGUUUUAUUAUUAAAAACGGGUCGGUGUAGGUCUCUGCUCAUUAAUAAUUUCUCGCGGCCAGCAGAGAGCUCGAAAAAGAAACGCCAUUGUCAAUGCGCUCAAAAUAUUAAAAUACGAAACUGGUACUCGUUUUUCCUUGUCAGACAUCAUGCUCGUAUGUACAAAAUAUUAUAGAAGGUAAAAAAAACAGUCUGAGGGCAUCGUACUGCUCCUUUAUCGAUUAUUUCUAAAGAGAAAAGGCCAAUUUCCAUUUACAUCAAAUUAUUUAUCAAGACUCUUGUCACAAAUUGUCUCCACUUUUUAAUUCUCGUAAUAAUACAAAGCAUUUUGUUAUCUUAACAUUCUAUGUCAUGUAUGUUUGUUACCCAAACAUUUGUUGAAAAUUAUUCAGGUCCACUGUGAAUUUGUACAUCCCUCAAAAAGGACUCCUUAGUUCAAAACGAUUUCAUUAAUGUUUUGUAACUAAGCUUGUCAUUUACACGCUUUUAGUUGUUAUCUUAAGUAUAUUAUCAUCCGUAAUACGUUGUGUGAUAUUACAUUACUUCUCUAAUUAAAAGAGAAGAUUCUGUAAAUAAAGAUUUGACUUGUAUAGAGAUAUGUAUGUAUAAAAAAAUGUACUGACGUGUAUUAU